AUGUCGAAGUCCAUUACUCUUGACGAACUGAAGCAGCACAACACCGAGGAGUCGGCCUGGGUUGCCGUCCAGGGCAACGUCUACGACGUGACCGAGUUCAUUGACGAGCACCCCGGUGGUCGCAAGAUCCUGCUCAAGAACAUUGGCUCCGACGCCACCUCGAAGUUCGUGAACUACCACCCUGACUACGUUCUCAAGGAGGUCGCGCCCAAGUUCAAGAUCGGCUCGCUCGCUGACGGAGCGAAGCUCUAA